UACGCUCCUGGGGCACAUGGCCUCCCCCUUCGAGUCGCUGUGAGCAGACGAUCAUUGACAUCAACGACUGCACGGCUCAACGCCGCGGAGCAGCCGAGUGCGUACAGGCAGGGGAUGUCCAAUUACAAGACUUUCACCGGGGCGUUUGCCAAGGUCUUCCUCGGUGCUGUGCUCACGUACCAGAUCAUUUACUGGACGUGGCUGAAGCUGGAGACGGAUGAGUCUAGGCUUGAGAAGAAUGAGGAAAUGGCGAGCUUGGAGAAGAAGGCGCGGGAAUUGGCGGCUGCCCAGAAAUGA